AUGGCUGUCCUAAUUCCCAACUCAGGGCCAUUUUUGCUCAUAGCAUGCAUUUUGCUUCUUGUUUUACCUUCCCCCGCAGCAGCUUUUGGUGCCGGUAAUAUUCCUAGUAUAUCCAAUGUCGAGGGCAAGAACUUUCGUCAUGGCGAUAUCGAGGAUAUGCUCAAGACAGUUGCUUUCAUUAAGGGUCAUAAGUGGACGAGUAUGAUGAUCAAGAGGGUUUACUUUGGAAAUUGGUUGCGAGAUUACUCUCAAGCAGUCGAUGUGGGAAGUUUGAAAGGUGUAUCAGCGCCUACAAUCCGAAUUCUGGUUUGGGUUCUUAGUUUCCUGUCUUUUGGUUACGCUACUGCAGAAUUUGAGGUCACAGAAGAGCGUCUUGGCGUUUAUAGACCCGAAGAGCAUAUCGAUAAUCCCAAAGGUUAUGCUGAUAAUGAAGAUGCAAGAACUUUUGACCCCAGACUUCGUGGCCCUAUUAAUCCUAUAGAGCUCGAAAUCGACCCAAAUUCAGGUAUGAAAAAUUACAUUGCCAACGAAAGUGGAGGCUGGGCAACUAGUGCCGGUUACGUCAAAUUCAGCUUCGCACGGAGUAUCCAUUUUGGUAGACUGUAUACUAGCGGCUCACAUGGUAAAGGCAAGGAAGAAGAUCUCUGUGAAGCCCUUAGAUGUCUUGGACAAGCCUUGCACUGCAUGGAAGACUUUGGAGCCCACACAAAUUAUUGCGAGUUGGCUUUGAGAGAAUUAGGAUAUCGUGAUGUCUUCCCUCAUUGUGGCGUAAACGCGGAGAUUAAUAUUCGUGGUCAUCAUGUUUAUCCUCUAGUCACAGGUACAUUCGGAGCGGUUGAUUUCUUACAUUCAGUUCUUGGUGAAGCAACUGAUCAUUUCACUCAAACCGAAGUUGAGGAAAUGGAUCUUGCUUUGGGUGGAGCGCAAAAGGCGCAGCAGAGUGGUGGUGGCGGUGAUGGCCAACGUGGGCUAUUUGGAUCUGGAAGUAGCGGCACGGACUUUGCAGGUCUUCUAGCUCAGAUUCCUGGUAUGGGUAGCGGAUUAGCAAGUACCGCACGAGAUCUUCAAGCUCAAUCUGCCGCUCAAGAAUAUCAAAAUUCAAACCAGCAAACUCGAGCUUCUGGAAACACAUUUAACGCUCCUCCUGGCUCUACAGGUGGCCCACCAGGUCCAGGUGUUCCAGGAAUGAGCCCUGAUUUUGAUGCAGUUGCAACUGCAAAGAAGAUUUAUCCUAUUCUCGAGUUCAGAGAUAAGAUUGUCAGAGCCAUUAACAACACAAUUGCCAAGAUUCCUGGCCUCGAAUCAUUGGUCGAGAGGAUUAGUGAGACAUUGACCGUGUUUAUUCUAUCUUUACUCGCACCAUUUGUUCGACCAAUCAUUGAUGCAGUAUCUGAUAGUUUGAAGAAGGGUUCAAGUACAGUUGUUGAAGCCAGUGCAAACUCUCAAUUCGAGCCAUGGAAUGACCCACAUUGCACUGACCCAACUCACUCUAUGCUUUCCAAGGAUCAUUUUUCUAACAUAUUGAAUUCAUGCGCUGGAAGAGUGGCUUCCACCAUCUUACAAUAUGUUACACCUCGCAUACUCUACGCGUGGCAAAAUCCGGGCGUCCCGGUUGAUGAGGUAAUGAACGAUAUCUUACGCACCUUCCACCAUCCAGCUCUUCGCGACGAACAUGUCGAAAUCCACAAGAACAUGUUCAAUACUGUGAAAGAUUGGAUCAACGAACAACCAAAUGCCCAGGGUCUAAACCAUUUACUCAGUUCAGAAUCCGUAAAAGCAGGUCGAAACCACACCGGCUCAGACCAACAUGAUCAUAAUCAUGGCUCUCUCGGUGGCCACGGUAAGACCUCAGGAUCUAUCUGGUCAGAAAUCAAAACCAGAGAUCUAGGAGCAAUGGAGGGCUUGGAUACUGAGCCAUCAUACAUAAACCCCUCCUCAAUUCCAGGUUCUCCGGGACGACAACACGGUACUCCAAAUUACGGGUACGGCAACACGGGUCCUUCACAGCCACCUCAAGGUGGAAAUUCUUACCUUGAGCCAAGUUAUCAACAACAAGGUGGUUAUGCAUCUCAACAACCUCCAUAUCAACAAUACGGAGGCUAUGAACAACACCAGCAGCAGCCAUACAGCCAACAGUAUGGCGGCCCUCCACAUAACAACUACGUACAAGGACCUCCUCCAGGAGAGUAUUGGAAUCAAGGGCCAUCUUCCGGCCAAUGGGGCCAACAAGGACCACCUCCCCCCGAUCCAUGGGGUCAAGGACCUCCUCAGAACCAAUAUCCUCCUCAGCAGGGAUACUCAGGUCAACAAUAUCCACCUCAACAGCCCCCUUAUGGCGGUCAAGGUGGGUAUCAAUAUCCACCCAGUGGUGGUGGUUACGGAGGCUACUAA